AUGCCUCACUCCGACCCACCUCCACCAGUGAUUGAUAUCGUCGACGAAGUCCACUCCAAACCGGACCACAUUAAGAUCAUCCAUGUAGGGGCCGGAGCGUCGGGCCUUCUGAUGGCCUACAAGGCUAGGAAGAUGCUCCAUAACUACGAGCUCAUUCUUUACGAAAAAAACCCUGAGAUUGGAGGCACUUGGUGGGAAAACCGAUACCCAGGCUGUGCUUGUGACAUCCCAGCACAUUGCUACACAUACACGUUUGAGCCGAACACCGAGUGGUCUGCAUUCUACGCAGGCAGUCAGGAGAUCCAGGACUAUUUCUUGAGGUUCUACAAGAAGUACGAGUUAGAACCCUUUGUGAGGCUCGAGCACGAAGUCCUGAGCGCAACUUGGGAUGAGUUGGAAGGAGUUUGGGAUGUUGAAAUUCGACAUAAUGGACAGGUAUUCCAUGACUGGUGCAACGUCUUGAUCAACGGGUCUGGAGUGGUUAACAAGUGGAAAUGGCCCGCCAUCGAGGGCCUACACAGCUUCGGCGGAAAGCUAGCACACUCAGCCGCCUGGGAUGAGACGAUUGACACGGCAGAUAAGAGAGUAGCCGUCAUUGGGACAGGCUCCAGCUCUAUCCAAAUGGUCCCGAGCCUCGCAAAGGGAGCAAAGUCUUUGACGGUGUUCAUGCGGAACCGGUUCUGGAUCUCGCCCCAGAUCCCGACCGACACGCAGAAGCUGGAGACAUCCAGCCGAAACGCCAUCAUCGGCCGGCACUACUACACUGAGGACGAGAAACGAUCGUUCCGGGACGACGAGGACUUCCACCUCGCCUACCGCAAAGAACUCGAGUCUAAAAUGGGCAAAAAAUUCUCGGUCUUUUUGCGCGGGACACCCGACAAUGAAGCAGCCAAGAAGAUCUUCCGGGCCGAUAUGCUGAAGAAGCUGGGUCCCGGUCAGGAAGACCUGCUUGAAAAAGUGAUUCCCGAGUGGUCUCCUGGCUGUCGGAGGAUGACCCCGGGGGAAGGGUAUCUCGAGGCUCUUGCUCAGCCACACGUCUCCACGGUUCAUGAAGAAAUUGUCCAGAUCACACCGAAGGGUCUAUUGACCGCCAGCGGACAAGAAAUCGAGGUAGACAUCAUCGCGUGUGGAACCGGCUUCGAGACCGCUUAUGUGCCGCACUUCAAGAUCAUCGGUACCAACGGUCUCGUCAUGCAGGAACACUGGGCUGAGGAAUCAAACAUCUACUGCUCCAUCACGGGCCCGGGAUUCCCAAAUUAUUGGGUGAUUAACGGUCCGAGGGGGAACUGGGGCCAAGGCUGUGCGCUUCCAUCACACGAAGUCCAGAUAGAGUACGCGAUCCAAUGCAUCGACAAGAUGCAGCGACAGAAAAUCCGGAGCAUGGAAGUCAAGCAGCGCCCGACGACGGACUUCAACAACCACAUGGACGCCUGGCACGCGAAAUACUCGGUCUGGGCCGAGAAAUGUCGAAGCUGGUACAAGAAAAACAAACCCGAGGGCCGCGUAUACAUCUGGGGCGGGUCGCUCCUGCACCUGCUCAAGACGCUGCGCACCCCGCUGUUCGAGCACUACGACAUCACAUACAAGAACCCCGACGACUGCUGGGCAUUUCUGGGCAACGGUCUCACCGAGGCUGACGUCGCGGGUACCGUGGAGAGAUUGACCCCGUUUAUCAGGAACGCCGAUACGCCCUGGGACAUUGUCUAA